GGUCCCUUCUUCAUUGACGACAGAUAUAAGUUAUGAUUUGGAGGGGUGCGAUUAUUCCACGGUGACUUCAUCAGCGCAGCCAGCGCCGAUCAGCACAGCAUCUGCAUCUGUCAGCUCAAGUGCCUCACAGACGCCAACAACGACACCCACAGCAAGUCCUUCGGCGAGUGUGACAGUGUCAAUAUCUGAGUCCGCCAGCCCUUCCAGUACGCCCAGCCCCACUAGUACGACAAGCAUGUUUGCCAGUCAAACACCUACACCAACGCAAAUCACUUCCUCAACCGCAAGCGUAAGCCCAAGUCCAUCUGCCAGCCCAAGUGCUAUUUCGGCUUGUGAUUCCAGUCCUUGCGACGUAACUGAAACAUGUACGACUACAGGCACGUCCAUGUACAUUUGUGGGUCAAGGGCGUGGGUGGCGAAGUCCAUUGGGGACUCAUCCAUCGCUAAGUUCGGCAUUGGAAUGGCCACGACAGCAACCAAAUACUACGCCGCAUACUUCCGGAGUGAAGAGGGUGGGUAUUACCAUAUCUACAAACGGGAUGAGCCUGGCCAACACCGGUUAUGA